CUGGAUAACGAUGUUGAUGAUGAAAAGUAUCACCAAAACAUCUUUACAGGGGGAGCUAAAAGAGAAGAAAUGCAGAAUGACAAUGCCUAAUAACAGGUGACCUGUGAUCUUGAGGAAAGUUGUAAAGUUUCCUACAAAUCUGAAUUAUUCAGUCCUUGGAAGCAAGAAGUGGAAGCCAGAGAGAGUCUCCAUAGCACACAGGGUACCCAGAGUUUAUCGGUUGAUUUUAAAGACUUUAAGGAGUGUUUUGAAGGGAGCCCUGAACAAAUGCAGAAAGAAGAAAAUAUUUCAGAAAAUUGCAUCCCUGAUGUGAAUAGUGGAUGUGAUGGAGAAGACAUAAUUGAAAUGGAAGGGAAAGGAAAGCAGGCUCAGAAACCAACUCACCAAACAAGCCCUUCCAGCAAUACUGGCCUGAAAAAAGGGAAAGAUCAGACCUUGAAGCUAUGUGAACCAAAAGAGAAUUUCUCAUGUCAGAAAAUAGCUGCUAAAAACAUGCAACAUGCAUGCUCUCAGAAUUUUUUCUCGUCAGAUAAAGAGAGGCAUCCACUAAACUUGCUGCUUCCUCUGCGUAGUGGUUUCAGUUCAGAAACUAGGCAGAAACUAGCUAUUAGCAAACCAUUUCUGACUUACAGUCAAAAUGUGACUUACAGGAAAAAUGUGUACUGAAAAAAGAGAUAGAAUCAAUCAAGAAGCUUCAGAACAGCUUGAUGAAUUUCAGAAAGCAAAUGCAAACUUUAUUUUAGAAAAAAAAAAUUAAAAUAAUUAGUAUCGUUUUUGGGUUUCACCUAUGAAGAGCUAAGAAAAGAGAAAAGUAUAGGAACAAAGAAAAAUAUAGUAAAACUAAAAGAAGAAAGCAAAUAACCUGGUCUUAAGCUAGAGAAGUUGAAACAGCAUGUAUGGUAAUACAAACUGAAGAACAGGGAGUUCUAGCUGUAGAUCCUUCAGAUUAUUCCUCUGGGAAAAAGGGCAGCAUGUUUGAAAGCUACUGUAUGAUGAAAGAACAAGUCAGAAAGGCAGAAGAGGAACUAAAAAUACAGCAAAAGGAAUUAGAAAAAUCAAAAAAAGAGGCUCAGAAGUGGUACAGAGAACUUGGUUUUGCUGAAACAAGGUAUGAAGAAACCAAAACUCAUUUGAUGCAGGCUCUCUCAGAAUUAGAUUGCCUUAAGCAAGAACUUGGGGACAAAAUACAGGGAAAGCAGCACUGCAAAUUAAUGCCUGUGUACACAUUGAAAGAUGCCCAGGAAAAGGAAGUGAAUAAAAUAGCCAGUAAGAGAUUAGAGCAGCAAGUGUUGACCUUGAAAGCCCAGCUCAGGGACCAGGCUGCAUUACAAAAUCAGUUUUGUGACUUGCAGAAUGAAGUGAAACUCCUUCAGGCUCAGCUAUGUGAAAAGGAGAAAGAACUGCAGAAGAGAAAAUCUGAAGUAAAGUUGACUCUAGCUCCUCUGAAGGCUAAGCUGGCUUGCCUCACCCAAAAGUGCCAGGAAAGGAACAGUUUCAUUAGGAGAAUGUAUGAUGAAUUCCACAGGCAAGGAUUUAUUAACUCUGCCUUUGAUGAAGAGAUGAAGAACUUGGUAAAUGACAUGACCCUGGCAGAGUACACGGUUGCUUUUACACCAAGGUGUGAUCAAGAGAUGCUGCCUUCCUCCAAAGAUGUUUCACAGGCUAAUGGACAGCCAGAGGAUCAUGUGGCACAUGCCAAAGGGAACAGGAUGACUGGGUCGGUAUCUGCAAACCCUCAGCCAGGGAUGGAUGGCCCCCACAGUUCUCCCAUCACCCCACACGUGUGUGCUGGUUCUUCUGUUGGAGUGACAAGCCCAGAGGUCAUUGCAUUGAGAACUAAGAGAAAACCAUCUCAAAAAUUGCCAGAUACCUUCAGUUGUCCCCUCCAGCCCAAACCCAUGGGCUGGUCCCAACUUGUCCAUGAUCUAUGAGGAAGUCCCUUGGCCUCUGCUGUCAGGGAUGAGGAUGCUGCCAUGUCCCUGGAGCGUGGUGUGUUCUGGGCCACGAAGGGGAGGGAUCGGUUGUCGAAACAUGAUGAUGUAUUUUGGGGUCAAAUAGGAAAUCAGCGUGCAGGUGCUAUUCCCCAGAGAAAGAACACAAAAAUGCCAUUAUGAAUAAGGCAUGGCUCUCUAGAGAAAAAA